AUGGGUAAAAUAUAUUACUGCGAUUAUUGUGACAGAUCAUUCAAAGAUGAAGCUGGAGCAAGAAAAAAACAUUUAUCUAGUUUGCAACAUUCAAUUAAUCAUGCUGAACAUUAUCGACAACUUAAAGAUCCUGAAGAAAUUCUAAAAGAAGAAUUUGGAAAAACACCAUGUAGAAAAUUGAUGAAUGGUGAAGAUUGUCUUUUUGGUAAUAAUUGUAGAUUUUCACAUUAUAAUCCACAAAUGAUUUGGCAAUUACAACAAAUGGUUUCAUGGAAAUAUCAUUUGAAAGCACAAAAAUCAGCUGAAUGCCCAGAUCCACAUGAAAUUAUCAACGAGUACUUUCAGGAUUCUUUGGUAACUGGUAAUGAUAAUGAUGAAAUUAAUCAUUCAAUAUGGAAUAUACCAAGUGAAUUACAAAAUCAUCCAAAUUUACCACCUUCAUUGUGGCCAAUUUCUCCAGAGACUGUUACUGAUUCAAACUUUGCUAAAUGGAGUUGA